GGGCCGGGCGAUGGCGGCGCUGCGGGCGGGCCCGUGGGUGCCGGAGUCGGCGCUGCGGGCCCCGCGGCGCAGCCCCAGCUACCUGUCGGGGCUGCGGGCCGGCGAGGCGCGGCCGCCGAGCAGCUGCGACCCGGACCUGCGGCCCAUCAUACGCCGGCGAGCGCGCUCCUUGCCCACGUCCCCCGAGCGGCGGAAGCGAGCCGCGGCGCAGUGCCCCGUGCCGGGCUGCCGCAGCCCCAUGAACCGCGUGCGGUUCGCCGACGCCUUGGGCCUGGAGCUGACCCAAGUGAAGGUCUUCCAGAGCAGCGAGGACCCCUCCGUGCCCCUGCACGUGCUGUCCCGCCUCUCCAUCAACUCGGCGCUGUGCUGCAGCAGCUUGGACCUGGAGUUCGCCAUGCAGUGCCUGGUGCCCGACUUCCCGCCGCCGGCCGACGCCGCCGAUUUCACCGCCCGGCUCCGGCGCCAGCGCGUGUGCCUGGAGCGCGUGAGCAGCUCGGACCUGGGGCUGGGCGGCACCGUGCGCGUCCUCAACGUGGCGUUCGAGAAGCAGGUGUCGGUGCGCUACACCUUCGACCGGUGGCAGAGCCUGCACGAGGUGUGCGCCCUCUGGCACAGCGGCGUCGCCGAAGGGGACGGGCUGGGCCCCGCCGACGUCUUCACGUUCUUCCUCCCGGUGCCUCCUUUCCUGCUGCGGCCCUGCUCCGUGGUCCAGCUGGCGGUGCGGUACCGAGUCGACGGGCACGAGUACUGGGAUAACAACGAGGGCCAGAACUACAGCUUCACCUGCAGGAGCCACCCGCUCAAGAUGCCUCGGGAGUGCGAAGAGAGCUGGAUCCACUUCAUCUAAGCGCCGCGGCGCCGCCCUCUCCGACGGCAGACGAGGGUCUUUGGGGCAAUCCGAUAUCCUAAACCAACGCGGCUGCGACCUCUCCCGUGGCACCGCAGGAAGCCUGCUGAAGCCCGUCGCGCCGUUCAGAGAUGUUUCAAAAUAAGAAAAUAAGAGCUCUUUGCAAAGCACUUCUUGGGCGUUAAAAAGCUGCCUGCUGUCUCACGCGAUUCAAGAGAUCUCUCAGCAUGGCAGGGCAGCGUUGGCUCAACGGGGCGCUGCUGCCAGAUUUAAAGCUAGAACGUCUAAAAGCAAAACAGAGCUCUUGGGAAAUACUAUAGAUUGCGCAGGCAGAACUUUUUUAACUAAUGUUUCAUAAUUUUAACGGCCUUUCUGUUUUGCACUUCAUUGGGAAAUGGACUGUUUUGCUUUGUAGUUUUGUUAGGAUGCCACUUCUUACACACUGGUUCUUGGGCAUUGUGCCACUGAUGCAAAGUCUAGGAUGCAGGUGCUGCGAGGGAAUGUUUAUAUUUAGGUCCAUUUUUAUUAAUAUUUAAAACGCAUUUAAUAUUUUUAUUGUUGGUUUUCAUUAUUUUUAGCAACCACUGGCUAUUAGAUGGAUACUAUCUGACAGUGGCCCUAAAAAAAUAAGUUGUAAACCUGGUGCCUUUUCUUAUCUGCAGUGCAUGUUAUAGAUGCAGUCAAAGGGAUUGUUAACCACAGCGUAGUGUUUGUUAAAUUGUGAGGCUGCCCUUUGUGGGGAAGUUCUCUUCUUUUUUUUUUUUUUUUCCAUGUGAAAUACAUGUGGGUCUCUGGAAAAAGGAAAAAAAAAAAAAAGAUGUUUCCCUUUUUGAAUAACUGCUCUUACUAAGUAACUCCAUAGCAGUGUUGCACUUCUUCCUGAAGAUAGCACUUCUGCUGUCCGUUCUACCUGAAGAUAACCUGGUGAUAAAAGAGAAAUGCUAAUGAAUUAAGCCUCUCAACUCCUGUGGGAGGCUAGUAAUUAUGCCUAUUUAUAAGUGGGGAAACAGAUUUGAGAUGCUAAAUGCCAAGGCCAUACAGUGACCAGGCUGUAGAAUCGAAUCCACGAGUUCUGGUGCUUAUGUCUCUGUUGCAGUCUCCUCACUCUGUGGCAGUAGUGUCUUGAACCCUAUAAUUACCUGCUUUUACUCAGUUAAACAAAAAUGCCCUGGCUCCUCCUGCUCCAGCACAAUGUGGUGGCUUCUAGGAGGGAUGAAGGCAUGGCCGGUGCCACUGUGGAUCCACUGGUAAGAGUCUCUCUUAUGCGGUAGUGGGGGGAUGGCCUCCCCCAUACACAACCUAUUGCACUGCCUCUAGUGGGGUGAGGAUUGAGUCCUAUACAGUUUUGGCAACACACAGGCUUAAAUUCAGAUAAGGGAAGUCAAUGCCUCCUACAGUGAAAAUGCCUGAAAAGCUGUAUUUACCUUGCAUAGGUAGCCUUAAUUUUCAAAAGUAACUAGUGGCCUUGAGUGCCUGAGUUGGGUUUUUUUUUUUAUAGUAUUCAGUUGCCUGAGCUUUAUAGAGUUUUAUAACCAUCUGUUAAAAUGACACUUUUCCAGGAUGCAGAUGCUUAGCACUUCCUGAAAAUUAGACAGUUUAUCAAGGAGGACAACAGAUAUUCAGGCACUCUAAACCACUAAUGGCUUUUGAAGAGCAACAUGAAUAGUAUACUGUAUGCUAGUACCCACACACUUGAGCUACAAAGUACAGCCUCAUGCCUUCAAACACCUAAAAAGUAUGAGAGAUCCAGCAACCUAAAGUGUUACUACUUUUGUUUAAAAAGAUAUGGCAAAGUAAUAAUAAACAUAACUCUUAAAAUGCAUACAUAAGAAAACUGAGAGAGUGGACAGUGCAGCAGCAACUUUAAGGGACAAUGAGUUUAACAUUCUUUUUUAACAGUACCUUCUAGUUCUUAAAGUCUGCAGGUAGCUUUAGGGAAUCAUCACUUGCAAGUCUCAGCUGUCAGCCAGAAGCUGAAACGGAUAUGUGAUGUUUCCUAUUCUCAGCAGUAUUCAAAACAUUUAAAUCCUGAAUUGGGAGCUGUCCAGUUGAUACAUUAGCACUUGGUUUAACUGGUGAAAACUGCAGAGUGGCAAUCAGAAAAUCUAUCUUCUGUUCCCUACCAUUCUGCUGUUUUCUGUGAGACGGGGCAAGUCACUCAUUUUCUCUGUAAUCUGUUUCUUAAUAUAAGUUGUAUAUUAAAUGAUUCUUGUAACAGGGGUCCGCAACAUAUGGCCCGCAGGCCAGAUCAAGCCUGUGGAGUUGGAGAGCUUUGUCUCUGUCCAUGGCUACACUGGGGGUGGGCAGCUUCCAGCUGUGCUUGUGCUGCUGGCACUUCGCUUCAACCUCUUGGCUUCAGUCCAGCAUGUGGGCCAGGUGGUUUUGGCACUGCAUUAGCACAGGCUGGGGCUUUACCUGUGCCUGUGUUGAAGGCAGGUGGCUAGGAGCUGUGCUCAUGUUGCCACUGCUUUUCCCAGUCUGGUUCCCCCCCACCUUUGCCCCCAAACCUGGCUGCAUCUAGUCCAUGCAGAGCUGUGCCAAGGCUGAGCAUCUGCAUCCUUGAUCCCUGGCCGGCUCCAGCGUCCCAGCUCUUUGGGGAAAAAAAAAAGCCCUGCUCUCACCAGCUGUCGGGGCUUCUGGGGGCUUGUGGCAGAGCCCCCCCGCCACGCAGCAUGGGGCAGCGGGCAUCACCCCCCUGCCUGGCAGCAGCUGGUGAGUGCAGGGCUUUUUUUUCUCCCCCUUUUAAAGUGCCAGGACACUGGGGCCAGGCGGGGCAGCCAUUGACAGGGCUAGGAGAGCAGGUGGGGGUCGGGGGUGCUCAGGGGAGUUGGAAGAGCAGGCAGGGGAUGGGGCCUGGCAGGGGUGCCCCCAUGGUCCCCUCUUCCAGCUCCUGCCCCCUACUUACUGGCAUGGAGUCUGAGUCCAGCUCCCUGUGGCAGCGAGCAGGGACUGCCCGAAUCUCCAAAUCUUUUCCAAAUCGAUUCAAACCUUUUUAUUGGUCUCCCGAUUAGAUUCGGCCAAUGAAUCUCCUCCAAAUUGAAUCAGCACCCGAAGCUUCACACAGCCAUACUGGCCAGUGACCUGGUAGUGCACUGCACUACUGUAAUGCUGGAUUGAAUAGCCUACAAAUCUCAGUUGAAGACUAAAAUAACAGGAUUUCCAGUAAUUACGGGUUGUGUAAACUGUCCAUGUGAGGUAUCUGUAUUAUGAGUUUACUGCGUGUAGGUGUUUUGGAUAAAGCCGUCAUAUCUGAAGUUGUAUCUGUAUGAUGCUUUAUAAAAGUUGCAACUUGACAGUCUUUUGGCCAAAAUUCAGCCAAGGCCUGUGUUACCAUGACUAUGACGGUUCAGUGUUUGGGCUGCUGGCUGCCUCUUCACCAAGAUGUGGCUCUCAGUACUGUUCUGUACAUGUAGUGUUAAGCAUUUUGCAGGCAAGGUUCAACUCCUGUUUCCUUUUUCUGGUCUGACAGGAUUGGAGUGCUUGAAUGCAGUUCAGCUAGCUUCUGCAGUCAGCGACUUAAAUAUUGUUGGGCCUUGUAUAUGUCUACUUGGUUAAAAAAUGCACUAGAGGGGGAAAAAAGAAUGAAAAUUAUCAUCAGUGGAAAAAUGAAUAUCCAAACUUCAUCUUAAACCUAGGUUAGCAUUGGCAUAACAACCAAAAAUUAAAGCUUUGCACAGCUACUGGUAGUAGGCAUUGAAAACCUGCUCCUGAAUUUGUUAACAGCCAUGUGUUAUAAAUGACAUAUGCCAAGGACCAGAAUGUUCCAAAUGUCAGGCCUCUAAGUGGACUUAGAUACACAAGUGCAAUUCUAUUCCACCCCAUUCGAGUCCUGAUAAUCCAUUAAUGCAUCGGUUUUUUGUCGCACACUGCCAUCUUACUAUUAGGACUGGGGCAUGAAAAAACAGCAAGGAGGAGGUGGACCCACCUGCCUUUCAAACUAACUGUUUUUCAGGGAUUUGAGCAGGGUGGAAUAGAGUUGCACUUAGGCAUGUCAGUCCAUUUAUGCACCUAGCAGGUGGAAUGGAAUCGCCCCAAGUGUAUAUCUGCCUUUAUUUACAUCUAAGAUUUUUUGCAGUGAGACCGAAUGUGACUAACAUGGUUUUGUUUUUGCCAUUAACCCAGUUUCUAUAUUGCUAUAUAUACAGUCAGAUGAACCCUUUCUGGUUACUUUAUUUGGUGUAACUUGUCUGUUGUACCUUUAAUUACAAUCUAAGAAACCGAUUAACUGAAAUUGGUCAAAUGAUUUAAAAUUAGCAGUUUGGGUUCUCUUAAUAUAAAACCUCUUAACUCCCUAGGCUAAGAUUUUUUCAAAGGGAUGUAGGAGAAUCAGGUGCUCAAUGACAGCCUAACAUCAUGGUAGCCUGUUCAGUGAGAUGAUGAACACUUUUGUAAACUUGAGAAAACUCAGACCCAUUUUAAAUCAAUAGGGAAUGCCUGUGUUUAUCAUGUUGCAAGACAGAGCCAACUCUGCCAGUUAAGUUUGCCUUGUGUAUUUGAUUGUCUUGUUCUUUACGUUUUGAAUUGCAAAUUUAUUUAUUGCUUGUUACAAAGUACAAUCCCGUGUGCAUAGGUCUAAAAUCAGUCUCAAUUUAUAGUUUUUAAGUUAUCUUUUGUUGAAAGUAAUCUUGUGUGUUAGGCAGUCUUACAUGGGUAAUAGGAAGGCCUAGGUUCAGUGUUUACAGGUUGCAUUGGAAAUGAAAGAGAAUUUUGAAAAACUGUAAUUCACAAAAAUAUACAGCCUGUAUACCAUUUUUAUGCUUUCACUAUAAAUUGUCUUCUCUGAGAGCUUGCUUUGACAAACAGUGUUAAUGACGUUUCCGUUUAUGUGCCUUUUGAAUUUCUAUACAAGAAUGAACAAAACGUAGUUCAUGAGUAAUAUGACUUAAUGUGUCUGCUAGCAUAUGAUGUUACUCACUACAACAUGUACCGUACACAGCAAAGGUCUGUUCUUCAGAGAUACUCGGUAUCUGUUGCUCCCACUGAUUUGAGUUGGAGUUGUAGGUGCUCAUCACCUCUGAAAGUCAGGCCCUGAAGGUAAAAUACUCUUAUACACGACUUCAAGCUACUAAUAAUAUUUUCUACAAACUGUAUAUGUAAAUUAUUUAGUUAUGUGGAUGCUAAGUAGACUAUCAAGAUUCCACUUAUGUUAAUCUUUAUUAUAACAGAACUUUAAUUGUCCUGCAGAGCAUUAGAAGAAAAUGAAAUAUAGUACUUUGAAAAGCAAUUGUGCAACAGUGGCACUGUGAGGUUUCAAGUUUAUAUCUAAAUUCUGUUUUUGAAGCUCGCCAUGACUUUUCAGAGGUAUUGCAUCCAAGACAGACGUAGUGCUUCCGGAGACGCAAGUCGUGUGGUAACUAUGGUGCAUGUUGAAAGGGGACAACCUUUAACUUCCCCUAUGUUCUAGGUCUGAGCUGGCAGAGCAGGGUUUUGUAUGUUUUGAAGCAGCUUUUGGAACCUGCAAAUGUGGCUAUAUGGUAUUAUGGGUUUAGCUCUAUAGUGGAACUUGUACAUGGCUUUGCAGAAUGUAAUACUAAGACUUGUCAUCACCCAGAAACUUUUUUUCCUUGUACUCACUUUGCUGACUGCUCUUGCACUUAAAUGGUCUUCUAAAAGUUAAUGGGACUAGUCUGUGUAAGUAAGGGCCAGACCCAAACUGAGUGGGAGUUCAGGUGCCUAAAUAGGUUUGAGGUGCUUAAACACCCUUCUGAAUCUGGUUGAAGUUUUUCCCAAUAUGGGUAAAGGCUACACAACUAAGACUUUUUACUUUUUGUCAGGAAUGUAAGCAGAUGAAAGUGGACAUGCACUAAUGCUGAGUAGCACUAAUGUUAAGUAUAAGCACUGAUGCGGCAUAACAAAGUGCCAUUUUUCAAGUCUUUUGCUUUGCUUUCAGGUGAUAGAUGUAUUUCUUCUGUCUGUUUAAAACAAAAACAAAAAAGCACUGAGUCACUUCCUUUUAGGUAUUGUAUUAGACACCAUUUUUACCAUGAAUGUUACUAAAACUCUUUUGUAUAUCCUUGGUUUCUUGGUAGAAAUACAUUGCUAGCUUCCUCUGGUAGUGUUCCUGCCAUAUGUUGGCAAAUGUCAAAAGCCUAGUGCAAGACUUGCAUAGAGUUGAUGUCGCCAGAUUAUCCAAAGUUGGGACUGUCAGUGUAAAGGUUAUGUCAUGUAUAUUGCAAUGUCUGAGUCAGAGAGCCAGGGUAGAAAGCAGAAUUGACUAGCUUAGCAAGUAUGGGUUUUCAGCACAAGGGGGUUUGUGUUGUCUUCCUUCUUCUGAAUCAAAAGGUAUUUCUAAUGUGCAAAACCUGAUUUAGUCCAGUUAUGCCUUUUUAUCAGUUUGUGUGACUUGCACUACUGGAUAAAUAGAAGCUGAAAGUAACUCUUAGUAAAGUAUGUGGGUUGAGCUGGCCCAGCAUAAAAUGGGAAUGAACAAGUGAUCUUUGGCUUUAAUUCAUUAUGUGAAGAGGCUUUUCUUUGAGGUACUGCUAAGCUGAUGAAUAUUUGCACAUUGCUAGUAGUAACAGUUUGUCACUGUAUAUGACAGAAGACAGACUCUUGCUUGUAUCUGUUUGUUUUUUCCCUGCUCGUAUCCUGAUCCCCAUCAGAAUUCUCUUGUCAAAGAGGUUUGAGCCAUUGAGUUCAGUAAGCCAUUGAGCCUUCAGAUGGCAAGCUCAACACAGCACCUUCAGUUGCAUGCUAAAGGGAAACUUGUGAUUGUCUUCAUAAAGUCUCAGGACAAUUAAAAUGUCUGCUUGCACUGUCUUCAAAUUCAGCGUCUCCACUAUCAUUGUAAGGAUUUUUGUGAGAUUACAUUAUUUGAAAAGAAUUAUUGUCAUAUAAUGCACUUUAAAACCAUUAAAAUGAAUUGAGAUGUUUAUUUAUUGAACAUAUAUUUUAAAUACAAAUCUUGCAAACGGUUGUUUCAAAAUCAGUUUUUAAAUGAAGCAUAAAAAACAUAGAAAAGGGAUUUUAAUUAUCAGUCAAAUGUCACAUCCUACUGUACAGUAUAAAUCCAUCAGACUUGCUGGUCUGCACUAAAAUGAAUGUCCUUUGGUUUUGACACAUGUAAUAGUGCUCUGUGGAUAGCCCAUGUUAUGUAAAAAGCUUUAUCCGUUUAACGACAACAAUAAACUUAUGCUUAUAAUCCUUUUACUAUAAAAAUUUGCAGUUUGUAAAAGGAAUACUUUUA